AUGCAAGAUCUUCCACCCAUAGGCGGGUACGAGCCCGUCCAAUGGAAAAGAAACAUUCCAUCAAGAGGUUUCAAGCCCAGUGUAUACUUUUGGAGUAUCACAGGCUUGAUUGCUUUCGGAUUCUAUAGAUUCUACAAAGGAGUGGAUGAACAACGAGAACUUGCAAGAGAGAAGCAAUGGGCAAGGUUUUCACUUGAGCCUUUAUUGCGAGCUGAGGAAGAUAGACAUCUUGCGAGAAGGUACUUUGCGGAACUUCAAAGGCGUGAAGAAAUUGCGUCAACUAUGUCAUCGGCUGACAAAGCCAAGUUCGAGGAGAAACUUUACAAUGAUGACUCCAAACUCAGACUUCCAAGGUUUUCCGCAGGAGUUGAUCCAUCACAGCAAUAG